AUGAUUUUUGUUGUGCUGUUUGAUGUAACUGUUUAUUAUAAAGGAGUUCAUGAUGACCUGAAUGAAACUUAUUUUGUUGGUAAUGUUGAUGUUGAUGAUUCAUCUCUAUGUAAUGAAUGGAAUCAACAGUUCUAUUCCCUUGGGAAUGAGGUGGAUGGUGUAAAUGUGAAGGAAUUUUACUUCAGAUGGUCAUGGCCAUGGCUGCUUCGAAGAACAGAGGUGGUCCGGAGCCAAACGAAUGAGCUUGAAAAGUUCUUGGUUGAAGAUGGAAUAUCCUCAGUUCAUCAGAAAUGGCCGGUUGUUGAGAAGCUUCAUUUUUAUGUGAAAACAACACUGAUGGGAUUCUGGGAUGGACGAUUAUAUUUACUUCAGGACACAGAGAUAAAGCGUAGAACAAACUCAUCAUAGUUUCAUUUGUUUUGGAAUUUAUUCUUCAAAAAUUGUUUAAAUGACCAUUAAAGGGGC